GUAUGAUAGGAAAUUGUAAUAAAACGUUACCUAUGGAUAUUAUUUCAGAGAAGUUCAUGAACAAUGUUUAUGUCAACAAAAACUCCUUGGAAAACAAAAUCAGAUGUAUUUUAAAUGACUAUCCAGUGGUGAAAAAUGAAACAUUAAAGCCAUGGCUGUUGCAAAUUAUAUCUGUGAUUGACUUGACUACUUUGUCCGGAGAUGAUACCAGGUCCAAUGUAAUUAGAUUGUGUCAGAAGGCUGCAAAUCCCUUAAAAUGUGAUCUUUUAAAUAAAUUGGGCAUUGAUAAUAAUAAGCUUAGAACAGCUGCUGUUUGUGUGUACCCUGCAAGAGUACCUGAUGCCUAUGAUAUUAUAAAACAGAUGGGAUUGACUGACACUAUACAAAUAGCAUCAGUUGCAACAGGUUUCCCAUCUGGACAGUACCCUUUGGAGAGUAGAUUGCAAGAGAUAAAAUUUGCAGUCAGUAAAGGGGCGACUGAAAUUGAUGUGGUACUAGACCGCAGUCUGGUGUUGAUGGGCAAAUGGGAUGAGGUGUACAAUGAAGUGGUACAAAUGAGACAAGCUUGUGGUAAUGCACACUUAAAAGUUAUUCUCGGUGUUGGUGAACUUGGUUCCUAUGAAAAUGUGUACAAAGCUUCAAUGAUAUCUAUGUCAGCCGGCGCUGAUUUUAUCAAGACGUCAACAGGCAAAGAGGCUGUGAAUGCGACCCUGCCAGUCGGUCUAGUGAUGUGCCGCGCUAUACGUAACUUCUACCAACUGACAGGUGUCAAGGUAGGUUUAAAGCCGGCUGGUGGUAUAAAGACAGCGAGAGACGCCAUUAACUGGCUGGUAUUAGUGUACACAGAGCUCGGACCCGAGUGGAUCACACCAGAUCUGUUCCGAAUCGGCGCGUCCAGUCUGCUCGAUGUUGUCGAGAAAUCUCUCGAUAAUUGUACCAAAGUUGUUCCCAAAGGUGAUCUUAACACAUUCCAAUAA